UCAGAUUGGCAUCACUGCGAGAUUACCGCCAUAUUUGUCGGCGACGCACAUCGCUCAUUGUUUAUUAUUCCAGUUUUUACGUACCGGCGCGAAAUGUCGUACAAAGGACCGCAGAAAGUUCAGAAAGUGAUGGUCCAGCCCAUCAAUCUGAUAUUCCGGUAUCUGCAAAACCGUUCACGCGUACAAAUCUGGCUGUUCGAGAACGUGAAUCUGCGUAUCGAGGGACACAUCGUCGGCUUCGACGAGUACAUGAAUCUGGUGCUGGACGACGCCGAGGAGUAUUACCAAAAGACGAAACUCAGGAAGCAACUCGGACGGAUCAUAUUGAAGGGCGAUAAUAUUACGCUCAUACAGAACACUAAUCCCGGUGGGAAUUAAUGGAUGGAAGAAUAUAAACCUUUCAACCCGGCGACAAGUUUGACAGGGUUAGAGAAAAAAGUGUCAAAAAAACAUUUUAUUUAAAUAACAGGUUGACGGCACGGAAAAUACUAAAUUAAAAAAAAAAAAAAGACAAAUUUGACAGACUUCAAAAAAUUCAAUCUGUCAAACUUACCGCCGUACUUGAAUUUUAUGGAAAGUCCACUCAGAGAGAUGAUUGUUCGAUGAUCUGUAAAAAAAAUUACGAUUUUCGUUAGGCAUAACAAAAAUGUAUUUGCAUGAGUGAUGAAUGUAUCGAUGGAGAUUUGUGAUACUUUCAGCUAUGUAUUAUAAUACACUGCGAGUGCAUACUAACACAAACAAUAUAGGAUUACAUUUUAUACGAUAGUUUUGAAAUUCAUGCUGAAUGUGUAUUGUGUGACUCAAUAAGAGGUAGAUAGAAUAUGUAUAAGUAAUUAUUAAAUAGUUUCAUAUUCUCUAAAAAA